UAUCGUACGACGUCCCCUCGCAGUCUUCGUUCGAGUGUGCUCCGUUUCGCAAGUAUUUCGCGUUGCGCGGCGUGGUUAUCGCAAUCCUAAAGAAACAGGAAAAUCAAACCCCGAAUCAACAGUCAGUAGUGCCGGGCUUUGCCUUUGCGUUUUACAUCUUCCGUAAUCGCGUUCCGCUACGUUGCUUUCGAGCCUACACAAUUUUCUCCAAAUUUGUUGCAUUUAUCACCCGCAGCUACUGUAGAAUGGCCGAACCCAAAGCCGACAUCGCCCUCAUCGGUCUGGCCGUCAUGGGCCAAAAUCUGAUCCUGAACAUGGAUUCGAAGGGCUUCGUUGUUUGCGCCUACAACAGAACCGUAGAUAAGGUGAAACACUUCCUGGACAAUGAAGCAAAGGGCACCAAAAUCAUUGGAGCAAAUUCUCUGCAAGAUAUGGUCAACAAGCUGAAGAAACCACGAAAGAUCAUGCUGCUGGUCAAAGCCGGCAGUGCGGUCGAUGAUUUUAUCAACCAGUUGCUUCCGUUGAUCGAGAAGGGCGACGUCAUCAUCGACGGGGGCAACUCCGAGCAUCAGGAUUCGGCCCGGCGGUACGAGGAACUGAAGGCCAAGGGUAUUCUGUACGUCGGUUCCGGCGUCAGCGGUGGCGAAGAAGGAGCCCGAUAUGGUCCCUCCCUGAUGCCCGGUGGUCAUCCGGACGCGUGGCCUCUGAUUAAGGACAUCUUCCAGGCCAUCUGCGCCAAGUCCAACGGCGAUCCGUGCUGCGAAUGGGUCGGUGAAGGUGGCGCCGGUCACUUUGUCAAGAUGGUCCACAACGGUAUCGAGUACGGCGACAUGCAGUUGAUUUGCGAAGCCUACCACCUGAUGUUGGCCCUUGGCAUGACCCAGAAGGAGAUGGCCCAAGAGUUUGACGAGUGGAACAAGGGAGUGUUGGACUCGUUCCUGAUCGAGAUUACGCGUGAUAUUCUGAACUACAAGGAUGAGGAAGGAUACCUGUUGGAACGGAUUCGGGACACCGCUGGACAGAAGGGAACCGGAAAGUGGACGGCGAUUGCCGCUUUGCAUCAUGGCGUUCCGGUUACGCUGAUCGGUGAAGCUGUAUUUGCUCGUUGUUUGUCGGCGCUGAAGGAGGAACGCGCCAAGGCUAGCAAACAACUCUCCGGACCGAAUGUUAAGGCCACCGUGGCGGAUCGCAAGGCGUUCCUGACGCACAUCCGCAAUGCCCUGUACUGUGCCAAGAUCGUUUCGUACGCCCAGGGAUUCAUGCUGCUCCGCGAGGCCGCCAACGAGUACAAGUGGAACCUGAACUACGGAGGCAUUGCUCUGAUGUGGCGAGGAGGUUGCAUCAUUCGAAGCGUUUUCCUCGGCAACAUCCGGGAUGCGUUCGUGCGCAAUCCCCAGCUGUCCAAUCUGCUGUUGAACGAUUUCUUCAAGGAUGCCAUCGUAUCGAACCAGCAAUCGUGGCGUGAGGUUGUCAGCCAUGCUGUGCUGUGGGGAGUUCCAGUACCGGCCAUGUCGGCCGCCUUGGCCUUCUACGAUGGAUACCGUUCGGAACGUUUGCCGGCCAAUCUGCUGCAGGCCCAACGGGAUUACUUCGGUGCCCAUACGUACGAGUUGCUCGGUAAGGAGGGCAAAUUUGUACACACCAACUGGACCGGAAAGGGCGGAAACGUUUCGGCUAGUACCUAUCUGGCCUAAAUGCUGAAUGGGAGCGUUCAGCGUUGCAUCAUCCAGUGAAUAUCCUAACAUUCCCCACCUUUGGGCCUUUUUAGAUUCCAUGUAAAAGGUAAACAUUGUCCCAGUGAAAAAAAAACGUUAUUUAUUGUUGCUCAUUCGAUUUAGAUUUCGGAAAAAAGUGUUUGUUUUUGUAUAAAAAUGUUUGUUUAAUGUCAAAA